GCUCUCCGUCCUGUCCUCUUCGCUCCCAUCCAAAGCGUAAAAAUCGUCCCCGAGGCCAGCGCAGACCCACGGCUGCCCGGAGAACACGACCCCCGAGGCCACCAGCCACACGAGCAUCCUCGGGGAAAGCGCGUCCAGCCCCAUCCUCCUCCCCCGGAGGCCACGGAGGGGACGGGACGCGGAGCGCAGGCGGCCGCGGCCGUGCGGGGCGCAGGGGACCGGUGCUCCGCGCCCCCCACCCCCGCCGCCGCCGCGGGGAGGCUCCUCGGCGGGACCCGGGGUGUUCAGGUGUCCGGAGACAUGCGGGUGCCGGCGGGACAGGAGAGAGGGCGGGCGCCGCCUGCUAGCCCCGCGCACGGGCAGGGGGAAGUUGGCCGGGGGCCCGCGGGUGGGCGGAGGGCAGGUGAGGCGCUGGGCUCCCGGAGGCGGGCGGCGCGGGCGCUCGCCGCCGGCCCGAGCGUCCUCCCGGAGGCCGAACUUCCCACGGCCGGCCGCGGCUCGGCGAGCGGGCGCCCCCGCGGGCUCAGCUGCGCCCGGAGCUCGGGCUCCCGCGCCGCGCCGCCGCCGCCGCGGCGACUACCAGGACCGAGCGGCCGAGCGCGAGCUGCCGCCGCCGCCGCCGCCGCCUGCGCCCGCCGCCGCUCCGGGAAGAUGAAUCCGGUCUGCACAUCAGCACCGCUGAACUGA